AUGGCCAUUGGAGAUUUUAAUGCCAUUCUCUCUUCAGAUGAUAAAAAAGGCAGUCAUAUCAAAGGUUGCAGAUGUCAAUCUUUUGGUGAUUUUAUGGACAAAGCCCAAUUACAUGAUUGGGCUUUCAAGAACCUCCUUUUACGUGGCACCAUGGAAAUCUUUCGAAAAUACUUGAUAGGGCUAAUUAAGUCUGAUCAUCGUUUAUGUCAUGAAGAUAGAAUUGUUCCUAAUCGUCCUUUCUGGUUUUCAGCUGGAUGGUUGGAGCACCAUAAUUUCUUUGACUUAGUCAGGGAUAAUUGGAAUUUUGACGAUAAUAUGACUAGUGCGUUUUCUAUUUUCACGGAUAAGCUUAAAAGCUGGAAUAAAUGCGAAAAUUUGAUUUGGGAUGAACUCGAAAGCAUUCUUCACCAUAAAGAGAUGCUGUGGAAGCAAAAAUCGAGACAUGAGUGGCUAAAAUUGGGGGAUGGCAAUACUAGUUAUUUUCAUAGACGUACUAUUCAGAUGCAGAAUUUUAAUAAAAUCACUGCUUUAUGUAAUGAGGAUAGGGAUUGGAUCUUUGGUCCUAAUGUUCUCAAGGCUGAAGCAGCUAAUUUCUUUCAGAAGCUCUAUGGGGAGAAUCUGUGA